AUGCACGUCGACUUGCCCGCAACUCAGUCUGGCAUGCACACGCAGGCUACGCAUCGCUGUCUCUUCAUUCCCGAAGUGCUGGCACUCAUCUGCGAAGCCUGCAUCGAUCCGCCAGACGUAGACUCUGUUGCCGCGAGAAACAGAGGGAUGCGCUCGCUCGUGAGGCUGGCGAGAACCUGCAAGACGAUCUACGCCGUCGCGAUUCGGUGCAUAUGGCAAAGUGUGACGGAGAUCGCGAUAUUGGCAGAGUACACCAUGCCUGGGUGCUGGGAGAUCAUCAGGGACCACCCCGAAGUAGAUGAGGGGGUCCCGAGCUCUGUGAUCUUGCCAGCACGGUCGAUACAAGAAGAGGACCUCAAGCGCUUCCGCUUCCAUGCGGCAUUUGUCAAGAAGAUGUCGUUUGGGGGAAGCGACUGGCCAAGGCUCUUCGUUGACGACUGCAUCAUCGCGCUGUGUCUCACGGCGACCGGCCCCCUCCUCCCGAACCUCACAUAUAUUGCAUGGGAUGUGGAAUUGAACCUAUUCUACCUCCAAUACUUCGCCUCGCCUACAACCCUCGAGCUCCGCAUUAAUGGGGGGUCUCUGACGGUCGGCGACGCGUACAUCUUGCGAUCUACUCCUCGGUGGUUUCCUAACCUAACAGACCUCUAUGUGGGAUACAGUUCAUCGUUGGCGGACGGGGCGAAGCAAGCUAUCGACAUCCUCGGGAAAGCCAUCUGCGGUUGGAAGCUCCGGAAGCUUGAGACGUCGCACAUCAAGGAAGAGGCGCUCCGGAGGCUCGCCGAGUUGCCCUCCCUCUGCGUCCUCACCUUGGAGGGAGGGCCAGUACAGAUUGGGCGCGCGGUCAACGCGUUGUUCGGCAACCCUCAGGGUCCCCGUUUGGGCUUCCUUCAAUUGUCAGAACUGGUGGUGAAGACCCCGGGAUUACGGCUAAGGCAUGCCGGCUCGCGGGACUGCUGCACGUUUCCUGCCUUGGAAACCCUGGAGCUGGGAUUAUUGCUGGAUCCAUGGCAAGCUACCUUUAUGCAGAUAAGCAACCUCUGUCCAUCCCGUCCUCGCCUGCGUCGACUUGUAUUGGAGGACGAAGACCACCCUGCCGCGGGCGUCUCGCAACCGAUACCGGCAACGGACAUCAGGCUCUUAGGGCCGUACACACACCUAGAGGAGUUGAUUCUCACUUCCAUCUACGGAUUCCACGUAGACGAAGCUGACGUCUUAUGGAUCGCCAGAUCGUGGCCCAAGCUCCGCGUGCUGCACCUGCGACCGAAGUACAGGCAACGCGACGAUGCGCGCCGGCGCAUACCGCCGCUGCACGCGCUGCGACAUCUCGCCCGCCAUUGCCCCCGGCUCGCGGACCUUGCCAUCGAGGUGGACGCGACCGCUGUCCCGCUUGCGGAGGCACCGACGGACGCAGUGCAGAUGGAGCUCCGCCUGUGGCGCGCCGGCUGGUCGCCGAUUACAGCACAGAGCGUCCCGUACGUCGCAGCGUACCUCUCGACGGUCUUCCCCUGCGUCCAGAACAUCGUCUCGACCAUGCCCGGCGCCACCUUGCAUGUACCGGAGAACCUGAAUUGGCGGGAGGUCUGCAGCCUCAUUCCAGUCUUCAACGCCGUUCAGGGACAUGCGUACAGACGCCUCAUGCACGGAAGCGCGGACAGCGGUGAAGUGAUCAAGAGGAUGGUAGGCCUUGUAGAGUGA